GAGAGCCAAUGAAUUCGGGUGAAGCGCCGGCGUCCACCACAGCACCCUGUUUCGAAAUAACCCAUACAGCAGCCAAUCGAUUUCGCAUUAUAAUUUAAAAUGUGCGUCAUAAGGGGUUCCCCUUGCCCUGUUCUGUCGGAAAUCUACCAACGUAGCGUAUAAGCGCCGUUGCGGGCUGCGCGCGACAGGGACGAAACAGAUGCGGGCUGCGUUUUGGGUCAACAUGGUCAAAAGUCACUGGAUACGAGCGGUUUGCGCUGAUAAGUCUAAGAAUAGGUCACUGCGAAUGGUUAGUAACUUCCUUGUAUGGGCGCCUCAUAUACCUUAUCUGCGUGGCCCUUCUUUCCCUCUUUCAUAUUCCACCUGUAGUCGCACUCGUGCCGUUUGUUUGCUGAUUGCAUCACCCUCUUUUUGCUUCGGAUCGCUCUGGAACAACGGAGCUGAUACAACAAACCCUUUCUUUUUUGGAAUACGACACUAGAUAUACAUCACGGAACGACGACUGGCCGAGAACGUUACGCUGUGGCUGGUGGCAUUUCUAGUUGAGACGGCUUGCGUUUCGGUUGCGACAAUACAUCAGUGAUCCUGAUCGCCGCUAGAUUUGGUCACGGCUUACACGUUUUCCAACGACAAGAUGCUCAGAAAUUUUGGAUUUCGAAUGGCUUUGGCCAUGAUGCUGAUGCAACAGUCAACAGCUAUGAUGAUGACGCUUUCUUCGGUCGAGCUCAUCACGACAGUGACGGCAUCUCUUCAAUGCAUCAUGGCGUAUAACACACCCAUUUUUGGAUGCCAGAUUGGAUCGUUUACUCACAGAAGCGCGUGUUCGGAGCAGUGCAAGCGAGCGCUUGAGACGGCACAAAGCAACAUUCGCCUGGCAUGUGCUAGCUUGUCGACACCGAGCGGGAGCUUGAUUAAUCAAGCGCAAAACGGAAAUCUGCUGGAAGCGCUCUGUGGUGACAGCAAUGUGAAGCCAUCUCCAGUUCCUUCUGACCCGACUGUUAGUCACACGACGAUACGGGUGCCAAGCAGCAGCUGCUCAACGAGUUCCUCGAAAUCUCCAAGCUUUACUCGCAUCACGACGACGCCAGUCGAAUCUACUCCAGAGCUCUCUGAAACAACACAGACACAAACAAGUGAAGAGGAAUCCACAUUAACGUCGUCUUCAUCAUCAACACAAACACCAUCGUCAGGCCGAGAGACGCAAAUCACACUGAAGCCACCAACGGCCUUGCCAUCCAGCUCGGCCGCAGCGGCGACAAGCUCUCAAGUUGCUGGCGGAUUUGUGGCGCCACCAGUAGGAGGAGGAGAUCCUUUUGCAACACCUCCUAUAUUUUCGAGCGCAAGACAGAUCGAGUGCUCGGUGGUGUUGUGCGCAGCGAUUAUUGUGAUGGCAUUUUUGGUGUAAUAGCGUCAGUGGCGAUGGUGGUUAUGAAGGUGUACGAUAUGUGAAGACUCGCAAGACAAAGGGUUGAUUUGAAUUACUGGUUUUAAUAAUGGCGUAAUUUCUUUAUUAAGAGUACCAUUUGAAUAUAAUAUGCAUGUCUCGCAAUUGACCGUUUUUCAUUGUCUUUGGUUGUUGGGGUGUGUAAGUGGCGGUGGGGGAGGUGACGUCGAGAUGCAUGCAUAUGAGUGACAGGUCAGUGGGAACAACGAGCGUAGUUUAAAUGCAUUGUGUAUCGAGGACGAUCUUUAACUUGGAUUGUGUAUAUUUACAAAUGAGAAUACUGCCGACAAAUGAAAUUCCAAGCGGUAAAAAGUGGUGGAAUGGUGCAGCCAGCCGCCGGCAGCCAGCCGGCACAGCUGUCUGUGGGCAGUGCUUGGCACCUGGCCAUAAACGGUCGAGGGGCGAAUGAACGGGCGGGGGAUGAAGUGAGACUCUGCAGGGAUGGUAGGUUUGCUUUAACCGCUGCAAUUACAGGGAAUAGUGCCACUGCUGAAUAGGCUGUUUUCUAUAUUCUGUAUUGGAAUUGGG